AUGAUAGCUUUCAUGAACAUCGCUUUACCGGUUGCUGAGUUCCUGCUCAACUCAGAUCGCAUUCAGAAAGCCAUUGGGAUAUGCAGCGAAUGUUUGAUUUUACUACAUAACGCCGAUCAAAACAGCAAAGACCAAUUCAUUUCGCAACUGCAACAAUUUCACAGCGCCUUCAAUUUACUUCUUUUCAGAGCUUGCUGUCGUAUCUCUGACUACAUAGGUGCGGAAAGAUACGGUAGGAAACUGCUUGUCUUAUCCAGUGAGUCUGGUGACUUAGUAAAAGAGGGAGAUGCAAGCAUGGUUCUAGCAAUGGUUUUUGAGAGUCAAAACAGGUUUACAGAUGCGAAACAACUUUAUGAAAAAGCAGUUAAUAUUAAGAAACAAACUGGUGAAAAAAUUGGAGAAGCAAAUGCCUGCGAAAGAUUUGGAAUUAUGUAUUACACACUUGGCGAAAAACUAAAAGCAAAGGAGUAUGUUGAGAGAGCCCUUACCAUAAGAACCGAAAUUGGCGACAGAAGAGGAGAAGCAUCCUGUUACGGAAACCUAGGACCUUUACUUUGGUCGCUCGGGGAAUCAUGGGACAAGGCAAAAGAGUAUCUCCACAAAGCGCUUGUCAUCAGAACGGAAAUUGGCGACAGGAAAGGAGAGGCAGCUGACUACGAAAACCUAGGUAAUAUGUUUUAUUGGCUCGGGCAAUACGACAAUGCUAAAGAGUAUUUCCAAAAAGCGCUCGUCAUCAAAGCUAAGAUUGGCGACAGGAAAGGAGAGGCAUCGUGUUAUAGAAACCUUGGUAAUGUGUUCGCGUUUCUCGAAAAAUACGACAAGGCUAAAGAAUAUCUCCAAAAAUCCCUUGUCAUCAUAACUGAAAUUGGCGACAAAGAAGGAGAAGCAGCUAACUACGGAAACCUAGGUACUGUGUUUAAGUUACUCAAGCAAUACGACAGUGCUAAAGAGUAUCUCCAAAAAGCGCUUGUCAUCAGAACUGAGAUUGGCGACAGAAAAGGAGAAGCAGCUGACUAUGGAAACCUUGGUGUUGUGUUUCAUUCGCUCGGGCAAUACGACAAGGCCAAAGAGUAUCUCCAAAAAGCGUUUGUCAUCAGAACUGAAAUUGGCGACAGAAAAGGAGAGGCAGCUGACUACGAAAACGUAGGUACUGGGUUUAUGUCGCUCGAGCAAUACGACAAUGCUAAAGAGUAUCUCCAAAAAGCGCUUGUCAUCAGAACUGAGAUUGGCGACAGAAAAGGAGAAGCAGCUGACUAUGGAAACCUUGGUGUUGUGUUUCAUUCGCUCGGGCAAUACGACAAGGCCAAAGAGUAUCUCCAAAGAGCGCUUGUCAUCAGAACGGAAAUUGGCGACAGGAAAGGAAAGGCAGCUGACUACGAAAACCUAGGUACUGUGUUUAUGUCGCUCGAGCAAUACGACAAUGCUAAAGAGUAUCUCCAAAAAGCGCUUGUCAUCAAAGCUGAGACUGGCGACAGGAAAGGGGAGGCAUCAUGUUAUAGUAAAUUUGGUAAUGUGUUUGAGUAUCUCGGGCAAUACGACAAGGCUAAAGAGUAUAUCCAAAAAUCCCUUGUCAUCAGAAAUGAGAUUGGCGACAAAGAAGGAGAAGCAGCUGACUACGGAAACCUUGGUACUGUGUUUAAGUCGCACUGGCAAUACGACAAGGCUAAAGAGUAUUUCCAAAAAUCCCUUGUCAUCAGAACUGAGAUUGGCGACAGAAGAGGAGAAGCAGCUGACUACAAAAACCUAGCUACUGUGUUUCAUUCGCUCGGGCAAUACGACAAUGCUAAAGAGUGUCUCCAAAAAUCCCUUGUAAUCAGAACUGAAAUUGGCGACAGAAAAGGAGAAGCAGCUGACUACGGAUACCUCGGUGUUGUGUUUUAUUCGCUCGGGCAAUACGACAAUGCUAAAGAGUAUCUCCAAAAAGCGCUUGUCAUCAGUACUGAGAUUGGCGACAGAAAAGGAGAAGCAGCUGACUACGGAAACCUAGCAACUGUGUUUCAUUCGCUCGGGCAAUACAACAAUGCUACAAAGUAUCUCCAAAAAGCGCUUGUCAUCAGAACUGAAAUUGGCGACAGAAAAGGAGAAGCAGCUAACUACGAAAGCCUAGGUACUGUGUUUCAUUCGCUAGGGCGAUACGACAAUGCUAAAGAGUAUCUCCAAAAAUCCCUUGUCAUCAGAACUGAGAUUGGCGACAGAAAGGGAGAGGCAUCAUGUCAUGGAAACCUAGGUACUAUGUUUAAGUCACUCGGACGAUACGACAAUGCCAAAGAGUAUCUUAAAAAAGCCCUUGUCAUUAGAACUGAAAUUGGCGACAGAGAAGGAGAGGCAGCUGACUAUGGAAACCUAGGUACUGUGUUUUAUUCGCUCGGGCAAUACGACAAGGCCAUAGAGUAUUUCCAAAAAUCCCUUGCCAUCAGAACUGAGAUUGGCGACAGAAAAGGAGAAGCAGCUGACUACGCAAACCUAGCUACUGUGUUUCAUUCCCUUAGGCAAUACGACAACGCUAAAGAGUAUCUCCAUAAAGCGCUUGCAAUCAGAACUGAAAUAGGCGACAGAAAAGGAGAAGCAACUUACUACGAAAACCUAGGUACAGUGUUUAUGUCGCUCAGGCAAUACGACAAGGCCAAAGAGUAUCUCCAAAAUGCGCUUGUCAUCAGAACUGAGAUUGGCGACAGAAAGGGAGAGGCAUUAUGUAAUGGAAAGCUAGGUACUGUGCUUAAGUCGCUCGGACGAUACGACAAUGCCAAAGAGUAUCUCCAAAAAGCACUUGUCAUCAGAACUGAGAUUGGCGACAGAAGAGGAGAAGCAGCUGACUACGGAAACCUAGGUACUGUGUUUUAUUCGCUUGGGCAAUACGACAAUGCUAAAGAGUAUUUUGAAAAAGCCCUUGUUAUUAGAACUGAAAUUGGCGACAGGGUAGGAGAAGCAGAUGACUACAGAAGCCUAGGUACUGUAUUCAUAUCGCUCGAGCAAUACGACAAGGCUAAAGAGUAUUUCCAAAAAUCCCUCGUCAUCAAAACUGAGAUUGGCGACAGAAACGGAGAGGCAGUAUCUAAUGGAAUCCUAGGUUAUUUGUUAACGGUGCUCGGGCAAUACGACAAUGCUGAAGCGUAUCUCCAAAAAGCCGUUGUCAUCAGAACUGAAAUUGGUGACAGAAAAGGAGAAGCAGCUAACUACGAAAGCAUAGGUACUGUGUUUCAUUCGCUCGGGCAAUACGACAAUGCUAAAGAGUACCUCCAAAAGCCCUUGUCAUCAGAACUGAAACUGGUGAUAGAAAAGAAGAAGCAAUUGACUACCUAAUCCUAGGUACUGUGUUUUAUUCACUCGGGCAAUACGACAAUUUCAAAGAGUAUCUCCAAAAAGCUCUUGUCAUCAAAACCGAGAUUGGCGACAAAAAGGAGGCAUUUUGUUAUGAAACCCUAGCUAAUGUGUUCAUGUCGCACGGGCAAUACGAGAAGGCUAAAGAGUAUCUCGAGAAAGCCCUCGUCAAUACAACUGAAACUGGCGACAGACACGGAGAGGCAUCAUGUUAUGAAAACCUUGGUAAUGUGUUUAAGUCUCUCGGGUAAUACGACGAGGCUAAAGAGUAUCUAAAAAAAACGCUUGUCAUUAGAACUGAAAUUGGCGACAGAAACGGAGAGGCAUCAUGUUAUGGAAACCUUGGUAAUGUGUUCAAGUGUCUCGGGCAAUACGACAAGGCUAAAGAGUAUAUCCAAAAAGCGCUUGUCAUCAAAACUGAGAUUGGAGACAAAAAAGGAGAGGCAUCAAGCUAUAAAAACCUAGGUGCUGUGUUUAAGUCGCUCGGGCAAUACGACAAGGCGAAAGAGUGUCUUGAAAAGGCACUGUUCAUCAAAACAGAAAUUGGCGACAGGGAAGGAGAGGCAUCAUGUUAUGGAACCCAAGCUACUGUGCUUAUGUCGCAAGGGCAAUACGACAAGGCAAAAGAGUAUCUCCAAAGAGCCCUUGUCAUUAGAACUGAAAUUGGCGACAGGGAAGGAGAGGCCGUUAACUACAGUAACCUAGGUACCGUGUGUAUCUCGCUCGGGCAAUACCACAAUGCUAAAGAAUAUCUCCAAAAAGCGCUAGUCAUCAACACUGAAAUUGGCAACAGAGAAGGGGAAGCAUCAUGUUAUGGAAACCUAGGUUCUGUGUUUAAUUUGAUCGGGCAAAAGGACGAUGCUAAGAAUCUCCAAAAAGCGCUUGUCAUCAGAACUGAGAUUGGCGACCGAGGAGGAGAAGCAGCCGACUACGGAAACCUAGGUACUUUGUUUAUGUCGCUCGGGCAAUACAACGAGGCUAUAGAGUAUUUCAAAAAGCGCUUGUCAUCAGAACUGAGAUUGGCGAAAGAAAAGGAGAGGCAACUGACUACGAAAACCUAGGUGCUGUGUUUGAGUCGCUCGGGCAACAUGACAAAGCUAAAGAGUAUUUCCAAAAAGCGCUUGUCAUCAGAACUGAAAUUGGCGACAGAGAAGGAGAGGCAAGUGUCUACGGAAACCUAGGUACUACGUUUCUGUCGCUUAGGCUAUACGACGAUGCUAAAAGAGUAUCUCCAGAAAGCGCUUGCUAUCAGAAUUGAAAUUGGCGACAGGAAAGGAGAAGCAUCUGACUACGGAAACCUUGGAACUGUGUUUGGGUUUCUCGAGCAGUGCGAGAAGGCUGUAGAAUAUUUCCAGAAAGCGCUUAACAUCAGAACUGAAAUUGGUGAUAGACAAGGGAAGCAGCAGAUCUUGCAAAUCUUGGAAUUAUAUCCAGAACUGUUGGAGAUUAUGAAGCUUCAGAAGUAUACUUGGAGAAAGCCUUAUCUAUAUCCAGAGAUAUUGGAAAUAGAAGAAAAGUGUUCGAAAUUCUUCAAGAAUGCGCUAUUUUGUAUUUAUUUCAAAAGAAAAUCAAAGACGCCUUUUCGUGUCUUCAUCUGUGCAUUGAAAAGUACGAUGAGCUUAGAUCUUUCUUGGGUGCCAAUGAUCAGUUCAAAACUUCAUUUCUGGAAAACUCAGGAAUAUUUCCCUACAAACUGCUUUGUACUUUGCUUUGUGGCACCGGAAAAACUCGUGAUGCUCUUUAUGUUGAGGAGUUGGGUCGAGCUAGAGGUCUAUCAGACUUGAUGGCAGAGAAGUACUUGGUUACAACGCAUAUUUCUGCUAAUCCACAAUCUUGGUUUGGCAUUGAAAGCAUUUUUAGAAAGGAAAGUAACUGUACUUGUCUGUACAUUUCUUAUUUUCACAAUCAUCUGAGUUUGUGGAUCUUGAAAACAAGUGGAGUCCUUCACUAUAAAAGAAUAUCACUUGAAGAGAUUCUAGUUCAGGCUGGGUUGCCCAAAAGACAAGCCUCUGAGUGA